AUGAGCUCAUCCAGAGGUUCCAAUGUAGUUUUUGUUGGAAAUAUACCGUAUGAACUUACAGAAGAACAAUUAAUAGAGGUGUUUAAAGAAGUGGGACCUGUAGUUGAAAUGGGUUCUAAAAAUCAUGAAAUAGUGCCGACAAUAUUAAUAGCACAAAUUGCAGGACUUCGUAAUGGUGGCAGUCAUAAAAUAUUGGGUGAACUUGCCAAGAGAAAUUUAGUAGCUAGAGUUAAAAAUGCUAAAUAUGAUGGAUAUAGAUUAACAUAUGGUGGAUAUGAUUAUUUGGCGUUGAAAACUUUUUCAAAAAGAGGAAAUAUUUAUUCUGUUGGAAAUCAAAUUGGUGUUGGAAAAGAAUCUGAUAUAUAUAUUGUUGCUGACGAAGAAGAAAAUCAAUAUGUUUUGAAAAUACACAGGCUUGGACGUAUUUCAUUUCGAGCAAUAAAAUCAAAACGUGAUUAUCUUCAAAAACGGAAAUCUGCUUCAUGGAUGUAUAUGUCAAGAUUAGCUGCUACAAAAGAAUAUGCAUUUAUGAAGGUUUUAUAUGAUAAUGGAUUUCCUAUACCAAAACCAAUUGAUCAAAUCAGACAUUGUAUAAUAAUGGAAUUGAUUGAUGCUUAUCCAUUACUUGCUCAAUAUGGAUUAAUUCAUGGUGAUUUCAAUGAAUUUAAUAUACUGGUUAAAGAUAAUGGUGAACCCAUCUUGAUCGAUUUUCCUCAAAUGGUUUCUAUUUCUCAUCCAAAUGCUGAAUGGUAUUUUAAUCGGGAUGUGGAGUGUAUACGUACAUAUUUUCAGAAAAAAUAUAAUUAUCAAAGUGCUUUAUAUCCAAAAUUUCAAUUGGAUGUAAACCGUGAAUUCAAUCUAGAUGUUCAAGUGUCUGCUAGUGGAUUCACAAAGAAACUACAAAAAGAAUUGGAAGUGGGAAUAACUGAUAAAAAGCCAUCGAUAGAUGUAUUUGAUGAGAAUAAUAAUGAUGACGAAAAGAUAUCUGAUAAUGAUAACGGUGAGAACAAUGAUGAGAAGAACGAGAAAAGGGAAGAGGAAAAAGGUGAAGGUGAAAAUGUUUCAGAAACUAAUUCUGAUUCAGAGUUCGAGGAUUCGAACAAUAUUAAGAAUAACACUAAUAGAGAUUUUAAGCCAUAUCGAAACAUCAAUACUACAUCAUCUACAACAUCAUCUACAACAACCAUCCCGAAACCUAAUAAUUUAUCACAAUCAGAAAUCAAAGAUCGUGUUACAAAAUUAUUGAAAAAACAAUCAAAUAAAAAAAAAUCAAAUAAAUUUUCAGCAAAAAGAAAUCAAAUUAAAGGAAAAGAAAAACGAAAGGUUAGAGAUUUGGUGAAAAUAAGUAGUAAUGAUGGUGAUGUUCAAGAUUUUUUUUGA